CCCAUGUCGCUACCUGUUGCUUUAUUUGUAAUGCGUCGCAUUUAGGAUCAUAAUUUAACCAACAUGGCGUCCGAAUCGGAAAAUGGAGCAUCGGACAAAGCAAAGACAGAUAAAUGCACUGUAUAUGAGUAACAGACUAUCAUCACAAGAUAUGAUGUGAUUGUAUACUCAAGAAUCAUUGAACCAUGGAGACAGCAACAGCCUCACCCUGUACACCCUCAACCAGUACAAUCUCCCCCGGUACACCCCCACCUGGUACUCACAACAAGACAGGGAAACUUCGUCAAAAAAGAAUCAAAAUUUUCCGAUGUAAGGGAGAUAACCAGGUCACAGAAUGUUAAAACAUUGACAGAUUAUCCCCAAAUUGAAAGAAAGAUACUGGCAUAACUGGGAAUGGAUGCUUCAGACAUUGGAACUUUGUCGAUAGAAUCUAGUGAAUAUGAUAAAAAGAAUGCGAGUGAUUUGGGAAAUGAGUCUGAUGUUGAUGAAGAUGGUUUCCUGGGAGACGAGGACCAGUUAGAAUUAGAAUUAGAAAAGCAUUCAAAGUAUAAUUUUGAUUCUAAAUUUCCGAAUGUGGAUUCAUUCAAUAUCAACAUUGGCUCAGAUCAUUUUCAAAUUGAUGACCAAUUCAGUUUGUUCGGUGAAACAAAGAGCAGUAAAACAGUUCAAAAUAUUACCACUUUGAUGACUGACGAUGCUGUGAUUUACUCGAAACAAUACUCAAACUUGGAAAAUGGAUCAGAAUUGCAUUGUGAUUCAGAUGAUGAGAGUCCGAGUGAGACAGGAGGUUUUUUUCACUUUCAAAGCCAGUCUGAUACCUCCGAUUACCUAGAGGAUGAGGAGGAGGAUUCAAGAUCCCAGGACAACAAAUUGGUAAAAGAAGAUGAUGAUGAUGAAAGGUUAGAUGAAAGAGAAAAUCACAUGAUUAUUGUGUACAGUGAUGAAGACAAAGAUGAUGAUGAUGAAAUUGAAGAUGAAGCAGAUGAUGAAGAAAUAGAUGAUAUAAAUGAAAGGGAAGAAAAUGAAACUGAUGAUGAUGACAAUGUUGAUGAAAGUGAAGAUGAUGAUGGGAAGGCUGAUAGAAAGAAACACAAUGGUGUAAGAGUGGAGGAAAAGGAUAUUGAGACAUUUGAAAAUGAAGAAAGUAACGAGACAGCAGAGGCAAUAAUAAAUGAGAAUACACCAGAAUCGUUCGAUGGAACUGAAGUAGAAGACGAUGAGGAAUCUACAGAUAUGUAUAUGGUGUUCAAAGAUGUGGAACAGCAGGAUUUUGGAAUGCUGGCCCCCUCCAUACUGACUGACACACCUCCAGAUGGUAGAGAGUCAUCCCCGUUGGAGGGUCAUCUGGCUGGAACUGACCUGUCUAGUAAUGGAUGCUGUUCAGACAAUGAAGAAAUCAUGUUAUCUACACAGGAACAGAUACCAUUGCCGACGCCAGUGGUUGGUAUUUGUGGGAACAGCCUCGAAGAUGAUACAGAAUCUGAAGUGAGGAUGCUGUCAGCUAUGGAACAUAGACUUAACAGCUGUGACGAAUGUGGUAAGUCCUUCAGUACCAAGAAGCAGCUGAAGCGCCACCUCCGUACUCACACCGGAGAGAAGCCUUACAGGUGCGGCGUGUGUAGUAAAAGUUUCCUGGAGUCUGCCAAGUUGUGGCGACAUCUUAAGACUCACACCAACUCUGGAGUGAAACAUUUUAGAUGUAGUGUUUGUGAUAAAGGAUUCACAGAGCUGAGAAGUCUACAGCAGCAUGAGAAAGUACACACAGGAGAGACACCAUAUAGCUGUGAGGUUUGUGGUAAAGGAUUCAUCCGCGCCGGACAUCUGCAGCGCCAUUUUAUGAUUCAUACUGGCGAAAAACCUUUUAAGUGUGAAAUAUGUGGUAAGGGUUUCAACGUCGCGGGGAACCUCCCACGCCACAUGCGCACUCACGCGCUGGAGAAAUCAUUCAAGUGUGACGAGUGUGGUAAGUGUUAUAGAGAACAGGAGGAUCUACAACAACAUGUAAAGAUACACGAAGGUGUGAAGGCGUUCAAUUGUGAAAAGUGUGGUAAGGGAUUCGACAAGGCCAGAUAUCUACAAUGUCACCUUAAGAUCCAUCUCAAUAUCAAACCGUACGUCUGUGAUGUCUGUCAGAAGUGUUUCAGUAAAGCUGACCAUCUGGAGAGGCAUCUGUCUACACACAACCCCAGUAAAAGCAGGCCACACAGGUGUGAUAUGUGCGGGAAAAGUUUCGGCAAAAUUGACAAUUUGAAGUCACAUCAGAGAAUUCAUACUGAAGACAAACCAUUCAAAUGUGAAACAUGUGGAAAGGGGUUUAUUUUCUCGGGAGAUCUACAGAUACAUCAGCGUACACAUACGGGAGAAAAACCAUACCGAUGUGAACUUUGUGGUAAAGAUUUCAGCCAAGCUGGCACACUUAAACGUCACGAACGUAUACACACUGGAGAAAAACCGUACAAAUGUGAUAUCUGUGAGAAAUUGUUCGCAAAAUCAGGGGAUGUAGAAAGACACAUUAGAACUCACACCGGUGAAAAACCAUACACAUGUGAUAUAUGUGGUAAAAAGUUCAGUCAGGCAGGAACACUCAGAAGACACCAGUGGAUACAUACAGGGGAAAAACCAUACAAAUGUGAGGUCUGUGAUAAAGGGUUUAUCAAGUCUGCCGACCUUGUACGUCACAUGACCACUCACACAGGGGAGAAGCCAUUUAAAUGUGAUAUUUGUGGGAAGGGCCUCAGCGAUCAGGUUACGUAUACAGCACACUUAAAGUUACAUUCAGGAAAGAAACCGCACAAAUGUAAAGUUUGUGGUAAAGGGUUUAUAGAGGCUUGCACGCUACAGGUACAUUUACGUACACACACGGGCGAGAAGCCCUACAAAUGUGAUGUCUGUGGUAAAGGUUUUAAUCAGGCAGGUACUGUUCAGCGACACAUGGUCGUACAUACAGGUGAAAAACCACACAAAUGUGAAAUAUGUGAACGUGCAUUCAGCAAAGUUUGGGACCUUCGACGACAUGUAAGGACUCAUACUGGCGAGAAACCGUACAAGUGCGAAAUCUGCGGAAAGGGAUUCAACCAGGCGGGCACUCUACAGAUCCACUCUCGGAUACAUACUGGGGAGAAACCGUACGAGUGUAAAAUCUGUGAGAAAGGUUUCACAGAGGCUGGUCACUUAAGGACUCAUAUGCGAAUUCACUCGGGCGUGAAGCCAUACACCUGUGAUGUUUGUGGUAAGGGAUUUAUAGGAUCAGGCAGUCUGAAGAAACACGUUCGAACACACACAGGGGAGCGACCAUGUAGGUGUGAGGUGUGUGGUAAAUCUUUCAGUCAGACCGGAACUCUUCAAUCCCACCUCCGGACACACACUGGAGAAAAACCCUAUGUAUGUAAGGUGUGUGGGAAGGGUUUCCGUGUGCGGGGCACAUUACGGCGACACCGGACUACACACACUGACGAGGAACUGGAGGGUGCGGAGGUUGGUGAUGACAAGGAAACAUUUCACCAGGAGACUUUACAGUUGGUAUUUCUUCAACAGGAGUCAGAACUAAAAUGUAAAGCAGGGGAGGUAACUCCGUCACUUGAAUUCAAAUCUGAUGGGAAUUGUUCAGACCCUGAAGAAGGGAAGAAUUCUAAAUCAAAAGGCGCCAAUUCAGGGGAGAAAACUCUGUCUGAUGAUUCAGAUUCCUAGUAGGAUUUUCCUAUUUCAAAAGAAGUCUGUGAAGAAAUUUAUUUGAAUGAAAACAGAACUUACAAUCAUAUCUAAUGAGACAACACUUCACACAAUGGUCAUGAUGAUCAUGAUUAGACAGGGUUAACAUUAUAGUAACCCUUCACACAAUGAUCAUGAUGAUCAUGAUUAGACAGGGUUAACGUUAUAGUAACACUUCACACAAUGAUCAUGAUGAUCAUGAUUAGACAGGGUUAACGUUAUAGUACUUAUAAUACACUAUUGUUUGGCCCAUUCAGGAUAUUAGAUGGUUGUGUAUGACGUAAUAAUUCAUGAAAAACCACAAAAAUUAUAUGAUACAAGAAUGUCAACUACAUAUAAAAGGAUUAAUUUUGGAAAAUGUAACAUAUUCAAACAAAUUUGAAUUUUUACAAUGACUUUUAAUGAUAAUGUUUUACCUUUUAUAUGUCUUUAGCCAAAAUUCCCUUAAAAAAACCCUUUAAAAUAACAUGAAUGCAGGAAUGCAAAAUUACUUUUGAGUUAUUUUCAUUGUAUUGCUAUUUUACAAAAUAUUCCAGUGAUCAUGAGUGUGGCAGUAUAUAUUAUCCAAAAUAUUAAUGUGUCCAUUGUGUUUAGUAUAUAGACAGGCCUUGUCCAUCCAUCGCUGCCUUUGUUAGGUCUUUCGUGACCAAAACUGUAAAUUGCUUAUAGAUACUCAGGUCCACAUGAAAUGUGGAUGUCACCUUUUUUGUGACAAACUGGCAGAAAUAAUAUGAAGUCCCGGUGUUUAUAGAAUCACCAUAAUUUGAUUAACAUGUUAUCAUGGUGACUGAAAACAAAUAAAUAUCAGAUACUGUUAAAGCUGUGCUUUAAUGGUUUACAUUUUUGCGUGGUAAGUUUGAAAUGAACCAUAUAUUCGAAAAAAAAAUUUAUUCUAUCAAGUCAUUUAUGAGUGCAAUAUUUUGAUGUUUUAUUUGUUAUUUAUAACAGACAUUUAAAUUCAUGUUUUGUUUUUAGGGGAGACAGCAAUAAGAUUUGACAUGAUAAAAUGUUAAUGUAUAGUU